AUGGAUGGUGUUAAAGGUCCAGCCAACUUCUAUGUCGUGGACUCAGGAACUGCACUGAUGGGCAUGGAUCUAAUAUCUGCUCUCCACCUGCGCAUUGAGGGCAAUACAGUGUACCCACCAUCUACAUCACUCUCUUCCCCACCAUCCACAGUGUCAGUGGGUCAUCUGACCAUACGUCCAGUCUCAACUAUAGGAUGUGCUAUAGGCUUUAUGCAUCAGGUGAAGAUUUCAUCAACUGCCGUUCCUGUGCGUCAAAAGCUGAGACGCCUUCCUUUCUCAGUGAGAGCUGCCGUGUCAGAAGAGCUGAACCGUCUCCUCUCAGCUGGUGUGAUUGAGCGCAUUGACUCUUCUCCUUGGGUCUCGCCAAUAGUGGUCACACAGAAGAAGACGGGAGGAAUUCGAAUGUGUGUAGACCUUCGCGAGCCCAAUAAAGCGAUCAUCAUAGACAGUCACCCUCUUCCUCACAUGGAGGAACUGCUCGCCACACUGACAGGAGCUACUUUGUUUUCAACCAUAGAUCUGGAAAGUGCAUAUCAUCAAGUACCACUUCAUCCUGAAAGUCGGGAUUUGACAGCCUUCAUCACACAUGAAGGACUGUUCCGGUUUUGCAGGGUCCCCUACGGCCUUGCAUCAGCUCCAGCUGCGUUCCAAAAGCUAAUGGCCACAGUGCUGAGAGGCGUGUCAAAUGUACAGAACUACCUUGAUGACAUUAUUUGCUACGGGCACACAGCACAAGAGCAUGACAUUGCUCUUGAAACUGUAUUGCAAAGACUAAAAAAGGCAGGUUUACAGCUUAAUGAAAAGAAAUGUCACUUUCGCCAAUCUAGUCUGAAGUUCUUGGGACACCUGGUGACUACUAAUGGAAUUAAACCUGACACAGAGCAUUUGCAAGCAAUCACACAGGCCCCUCCUCCCAAAGACGCUGCCAGCCUUCGCUCUUUCCUAGGCAUGCUGUCUUGGUAUGGGAAAUUCAUACCAAACUACGCCACCGUUGUAGAGCCGCUCCGCACCUGCCUGCGUCAAGACACCAUAUUUGAAUGGACUGAUGAGGCUCAGAAGUGCUUCCUGGCAGUGAAACAGCUAUUAAUUGACAGCCCUGCAUUGGCCUUAUUCAACCCAGAGUUUCCGACAAUAAUUUCAACAGAUGCAUCAGAUUAUGGCCUGGGUGCCGUGUUCACACAGCUGCAUCCAGACCACAUGGAACGCACAGUGGCGUUCGCAUCAAGGACAUUGACGCCGGCCGAGAGGAAAUACUCGACAGUGGAGAAGGAAGCUCUCGCCUGCGUCUGGGCUGUGGAGAAAUGGAGGACAUAUCUGUGGGGCCGUAGGUUCACUCUUCGCACCGACCAUCAGGCCCUUACAACUCUCCUCUCUACAAAAGGGGCUGAUCGAGCAGGGAUGCGUAUUGCACGUUGGUCUGCUCGUCUCCUCUGUUUCACAUACGAUGUCGUAUACCGUGCCGGAACAUUGAACCAUACUGCUGAUUGCCUCUCCCGCUUACCACUGCCUGCUGCCUCCCCUCUUACCGCAGACAUGGAACCUGAGCUAGUGGCCUUGUUGUCCAUGGCCCCUAUCUCAGUGACUGCCGGUGAAUUUGAAGACGCAUCUUCUUCCUGCUCCGAAAUUGCUCAUCUGCGUCAGCAAAUUAGUCAGAAGUGGCCUCCUUCUGUGAAGACUGUGAACCCAGUGCUUCAGCCGUAUUUCAAGAUCAGGCAGGAACUGAGUGUGAAGGACAACUUGGUGUUUCGAGGGUCACGCCUAGUUGUGCCUGUGUCCUUGCGCAGCACGCUUAUUGCCCUGGCACAUGAAGGCCAUCAAGGCAUUGUGCGGACAAAACAGAGACUGCGCGAGCUUUACUGGUUCCCAGGCAUGGACACACUGGUUCGCUCAGAGAUCUCUGCCUGUGCGCUAUGUCAAAGGUCAGACAAGUCAGCAAGAGUCUGUGAGGCACCAUUGCAGCCUAUACCCUUACCUGAGGGCCCAUGGAGUAAGCUGGGAAUAGAUAUUGUUGGACCGUUUGAAACAGCAACUUGGGACUGCAGGUUUGCAAUUACCCUCACUGACUACUAUUCAAAGUGGCCAGAAGUCGCUUUUGCAGCAUCUGUGACGACUGAGACAGUGCUUGGAUUUCUUACUAGUCUCUUUAGCCGCUACGGAAACCCUGAAUCUGUGGUCACAGAUAAUGGGCCACAGUUCACUGCUGCUGCUUUCUCUGCUUUCCUGAAAGACCGGGGUAUCAACCUUAUCCAUUCAUCUGUAUACCAUCCGUCCUCCAACGGGGCUGUAGAGAGAUUCAAUAGAGUCUUUAAAGGCUGUAUCCAAACUGCAAUCCUCCAGCAUAAACCGUGGAAACCUGCAACUAUGGAGUUCCUUCAGGCAUACCGUUCCACACCUCAUGCCAUGACCAAUGCAUCGCCAUUUGAACUUCUGCAUGGCCGGAAGAUGAGAACGAAGCUCAAUGUUCUUGCUCCUCCAGCAGAGACAGCUCAUGACGAUGAUGUGCGUUGCAGAGUCUCCCUUCGCCAGUCUCGCAUGAAAAAAUACUGUGAUUCCAGACGGGGAGCUCGCACUCCUUCAUUCAAAGAAGGGGAUAGAGUGCGAGUACGGAAACCAGUGCAUGUUCCAAAGGGACAUCAGAAAUUCUCUGCACCCAUCGGGAUCAAGAGACAAGUUGGUCCUAGCACCUACAUAUUGGAUGAUGGGAAAACCUGGCAUGCUUCCCAUCUGGCUUCUGUUCCCAUCAAUCUACCAGAGCCUCUAGAUCAGCCAAAGACUGGUCCCGACGAUGCGGGUGAACUGGGAAAUGAUCCAGAGGCAAGAGACCAUCCAGCAAGAGUGCAUAAGCCACCAGAUUGGCUCAAAGACUAUGCAACUUAA